AUGAGAAGCAUUUUAAAAAAAGUAAAAUUUGCAGAAAAUGGAAAAUUUCAAAGGUUCCAUUAUUGUACAUCUGAAACAACCAAUAAAGAAAAUUCUAUAAUUAACUAUAAAAUGAUAUUAGGUUUAAAAAAAAUAGAAAUAUCUAAUUUAUCAUCUUUGUGUAGAGAUUUUCAUAAUAUUUUUAGAAUAGACAAAUAUCAAUUAUUAAAGUAUACAAAUGAAAUAUUACCUUUUAUAAAAUUCAUGAGAACAAGUGAAAUAGUGAUGAUCUUACAUCAUUAUUCUUUUAUAAAUUAUAAUAAUUUUAACUUUUAUAAUAGUAUAUGGAAUCAAAUUAUUAACAGAUUAUAUGAUAUUGAUUGCAAAGAAUUGGCAUUAAUUAUAUAUAGUAUGGGGAAAAUAAAAUACAUUAAUAAAGAUAUGAUUUUGUUUUUUGAAAAUGAAAUAAAAAAAUGGAUAAAUAAAUUUAGUGGAAGAGAUUGCUCAUUAAUAUUGAAAGGAAUGAAAAAUUUAAAUUAUAACAAUGAUGAAAUAUAUGAAUUACUUCAUGAAAGAAUUUUAAAUAUUUCUGAUGAUUUAAAUAUUUUAGAUAUAUGUAUCAUUUUGAAUACUCACAGUAAAUAUAAAAACGUGAAUUUAAAUUUAUUUGAAAUUUUAUUAAAUAAAUCUUUAACAUAUUUUUCUGUUAUAAAUGAGCAAUGUAUAGGUUCAAUAUUGUGGAGUAUUAGCAAUGCUAACAUUAAAGCAGAAAAAUACUUUUCUUUAUUAGGAUUAAAGUUAAGGUCACUUAUGUAUGAAAAGUUGGUGAAAAAUAAAAAAAUAAAAGAGAACAAUGAAAUUGUUGGUGAAAAUAUUAAUAAUAGUAAAAAGAGUUCAAAGGAAGAUAUGCAUAUUAUCAAUAAUGAAAAAAUUGAAUUAAAUAGUAAUAAUAAUAAUAAUAAUCAGAAAUAUUUAGAUAAUGAAGAUGUUUCUAAUGUAAUAAAUUAUAAAAAGACUAAAAGAAACACAAAUGAUUUAAGUGCUAAUAAUGAUAAUAUUCAAAAUAAUCUAAAUGCUAUUGAGAAUAACUUAAAUAAUAAUUCUGAUGAUUUAGAUGAUUUGAAUUUAGAAAUAAGUUCUCAUAAUUCCUGCAAAUACUCAAAUUUAUUACCAUCCAUCAUUUAUUCUUAUGGGAAACAAAGAACCUAUUUGAAAUAUAAUAUUAAUAUAGAUAAGAAUUUAUAUAAUGACAUUAUUAAUAGUUAUAAUGUAGAGCAUGAACUUAAUGUUGCACCUGUGGAAACUGUUUAUUUAUAUGAUAUAUCUAAAAAAAUGAUAAAAGAAAAAAAUGUUUUUAAUAAUGCUAAUGAUAAAAAAAAUAAAUUAAAAAAAUUUCAGAAUAAAAAGUAUUAUCAAGACAUUAUUUAUAUAAUUAAUAAUUAUCUUACUUUUUUUCUAAAUGAAGUACAUUACAAUGACUUAAAAAAUAUUUUAUUUGGAAUAGCAAAAAUUGAAAUGCCUGUUAAUAAAAAAUUAUUGAGCGAUAUUUUUGAAUUAAUUAUUACAUAUGUAAAUCAAAACAUGUAUAAGCAUUAUGAAAUUAUUAAUUUAUCUAGAUCUCUUUCAUUAAUUCCACAUGUAAAUUCAAAUAUAUGGAAGAUCUUAUUAGAGAAUUAUAAAAAUAAUUUUUUAUCUAGCACUCAUGUUAAAAAUAAUAGUUACUUAUUUUAUAUAUUUUCGUUCAUAAAAAAUAAUCUUAAUAAUUAUAAUUUUGAUUCAUAUUUAAUUGAACAUAUAAAUAAAAAAAUUAAUAGCAUCAAUAAAGACGAUAUUAUAUACUUAAUAAAGGGACUAAUAAAUCUUAAUUAUUAUCACAAUGAAUUAGUUAACAACAUUUCCAAAUACAUUGAGAAAAACUAUGAAAAUUUUAACUUAAUUGACAUUGUUUAUAUUUUAAAGUAUUUCACAUUAAUGAAUUUAAGAAAUACCAACAUUUUUAGCCUGUUUGCAAAAACAAUAAAGAAAAAAAAUAUAAAAUGUAAUUUUGAACUUAUUUCAACAGUUGCUUCAUUUUAUUUAGAGAUGAAUAUAUUUCCAAAAAUAAUUGAAGAUAUACUAAUAGAUGAAAAAAGAAAAAAUGAAAAAAGUUAUAAAACAGAAGAAAUUCAGUGUGAUGAAGAAUAA